CUCCUUUAUUUGAUUGAUUGUUGAAUCUACUGAAGGGUGAGCCAUUCACUUCAGCCUGAAUCCCCAGCAGCAAGGUCAGUGAAUGAUGAAUUCUCCCCUGUAAGGCUGGGGGUCUUUGUAGACCUGCCGCCACCCAGCAUGAGCUUUUUGAGUAUGCAGAACACAUCAGCUCAGCCUGAAGCUGGCAGUUAGUGCACACACACACACACACACACACACACACACACACACACACACACACACACACCAGCGUUUUCCCCUCAAGUGAAGCGGCAUUAACAAUCGCAGCAUCUCCAGCUUCCUGCGCUGAGCCCAGCAGCCACUGCUUGAUUUAUUGGAGAAGGAAGAAGAGACCAGUUUCCGAGGCACCGCUAAAACGCAGCUGUCACAUCCAGUUGCAGGCAGACUUCUUCCCAGCUGUUUCCCUGCUCUGGCAAGAAAGUACCCUAUUCCAAAGGCUUGAAGAGGAGUCUGCUUGGUGCUGCAGAUCUCACAUCUGUACAUGUACCAGUUGUAUCAUCGUACUCAUGAACUGACUCACACAAAGAAAGGAAGUAGUCAUUUUCUGGACAAAGUCUAAUGCUUCAAUGAAACACUACUGACAAUUUAUCAUCAAAUACCAUUAGGGUCAAUUUUACUUGAAAAUGAAUGCUAAGAUAAACACUGACUGAUCACCCCAGGUAGCUGUCUCACAAGAUCAAUCUAUUGAUUUUCACUGCAUGGGGUAAAGAAGAAACCACCAAAUCAGAUAAGUCAGCAUUCCUACUGGAUUGACUGGGCUGGGCUGGCAAAGCUGCAGGAGAUGCUGUUUCUGUGGAGGAGUGAAGAGAUGUUCUGAAAUCAAUCUCUUCUUUCAUUGAAAGGGUAAAGAGCAUCACUUGUGACACCUGGAUGCUGCUGUUCUUCUUAGACAUCAAUGGGCUUAUCUAAUUAAGAGUGUGCUUUGACUGAGGUUGGUUUUCCAGUGGGUCCAUUCUCCCAGAUACCUGCUGACACCGACUCUUGAGCUUCAGCGGUUUUGAAUGACUGAAACCUCCCUACUCACCCCUGGGACGUCAUUCCUGCAGGAUUGUGGCAAACUAGUCUUUCAGGUUCCCUUGGCAACCCUGGUGCCCUGUCUCCUGAGAACUGCACUUCUCCGGGACCUGAGGAGACCAGACUUGUGGAUGGACAAUCUGAGGCUGAGAGGGGGCUAGUGAUUUCUCGGACACUUGGGCAGUAGAAAGCACACCACCCUGUCCUCCAGGAUCCGAUGGCCUUGGAGAGGGGCCUGCAGGGCCUGCGGACACCAACGCUUCCCAAAGUGCUGACAUGGAGCCAGAACGCUCGGCCCUGAGUACGGCAAGGGCCCAAUUCGUGGAUGUGGAAGAGUGUGGGCCAGAGGCCAUGGACGUGAAGGAGAGGAAGCCCUACCGCUCGUUGACUCGGCGCCGCGAUGCUGAGCGCCGCUACACCAGCUCCUCGGCAGACAGCGAGGAGGGCAAGGCCCCACAGAAGUCCUACAGCUCCAGUGAGACCCUGAAGGCCUAUGACCAAGAUGCCCGCCUAGCCUAUGGCAGCCGCGUCAAGGACAUGGUACCACAGGAGGCCGAGGAGUUCUGCCGCACAGGCACCAAUUUCACCCUGCGUGAGCUGGGUCUCGGGGAGAUGACUCCCCCUCAUGGGACCCUCUACCGGACAGACAUUGGCCUCCCACACUGCGGCUAUUCCAUGGGGGCCAGCUCUGAUGCAGACCUGGAAGCAGACACUGUGCUGUCCCCUGAACACCCAGUGCGCCUGUGGGGCCGGAGUACUCGGUCAGGGCGCAGCUCCUGCCUGUCCAGCCGGGCCAACUCCAACCUCACGCUCACGGACACAGAGCAUGAGAACACAGAGACCGGUGCUCCCUUGCAUUGUUCAUCUGCUUCAUCAACCCCUAUUGAGCAGUCCCCCUCCCCGCCCCCCUCCCCUCCGGCCAAUGAGAGCCAGAGGCGGUUGCUAGGCAACGGUGUGGCCCAGCCAACCCCGGACUCAGACUCUGAGGAAGAGUUUGUCCCUAACUCAUUCUUAGUUAAAAGUGGCUCCGCCAGCCUGGGGGUCGCAGCAAACGAUCAUCCCAGCGGCCUGCAGAACCACCCUCGGCUCCGGACACCACCGCCACCACUCCCCCACGCCCAUACCCCCAACCAGCACCACGCGGCCUCCAUCAACUCCUUGAACAGGGGCAACUUCACCCCCAGGAGCAACCCCAGCCCGGCACCCACAGACCACUCACUCUCCGGGGAGCCCCCAGCAGGCAACGCCCAGGAGCCAACCCAUGCCCAGGACAACUGGCUACUCAACAGUAACAUCCCACUGGAGACCAGAAACCUAGGCAAGCAGCCCUUCCUAGGGACAUUGCAGGACAACCUCAUUGAGAUGGACAUUCUCAGCGCCUCCCGCCAUGAUGGGGCUUACAGUGACGGGCACUUCCUCUUCAAGCCAGGAGGCACCUCCCCGCUCUUCUGCACCUCAUCCCCGGGGUACCCUCUAACAUCUAGCACCGUGUACUCGCCCCCACCCCGGCCCCUGCCCCGCAGCACCUUCUCCCGACCAGCCUUUAACCUCAAGAAGCCCUCCAAGUACUGCAACUGGAAGUGUGCAGCCCUGAGCGCCAUCGUCAUCUCAGCCACACUGGUCAUCCUGCUCGCAUACUUCGUGGCCAUGCACCUGUUUGGCCUAAACUGGCACCUGCAGCCGAUGGAGGGGCAGAUGUAUGAGAUCACGGAGGACACAGCCAGCAGUUGGCCUGUGCCAACGGACGUCUCCCUGUAUCCCUCGGGGGGCACUGGCUUAGAGAACCCUGACAGGAAAGGCAAAGGAGCCACGGAAGGAAAGCCAAGUAGUUUCUUUCCAGAGGACAGUUUUAUAGACUCUGGCGAAAUCGACGUGGGCAGACGGGCUUCCCAGAAGAUUCCACCUGGAACAUUCUGGAGAUCUCAGGUGUUCAUAGACCACCCUGUGCAUCUGAAGUUCAAUGUGUCUUUGGGGAAGGCAGCUCUGGUUGGCAUCUAUGGAAGAAAAGGCCUUCCCCCUUCCCAUACUCAGUUUGACUUUGUGGAGCUACUGGAUGGAAGAAGGCUCCUAACCCAGGAGGCAAGGAGCCUGGAGGGUCCCCAACGCCAGUCCCGGGGUGCUGUUCCCCCACCCAGCCAUGAGACCGGUUUCAUCCAGUAUCUGGAUUCGGGAAUCUGGCACCUGGCCUUUUACAAUGAUGGGAAGGAGUCUGAAGUGGUUUCCUUUCUCACCACCACCAUUGAAUCAGUGGAUAACUGCCCCAGCAACUGCUACGGUAAUGGUGACUGCAUCUCAGGGACCUGCCACUGCUUCCUGGGUUUCCUGGGCCCUGACUGUGGCCGAGCUUCCUGUCCUGUGCUGUGCAGUGGGAAUGGCCAGUACAUGAAGGGCAGGUGCCUAUGCCACAGCGGCUGGAAGGGGGCCGAGUGUGACGUGCCCACCAACCAAUGCAUCGACGUGGCCUGCAGCAGCCACGGCACCUGCAUCAUGGGCACCUGCAUCUGCAACCCUGGCUACAAGGGCGAGAGCUGUGAGGAAGUGGACUGCAUGGACCCCACCUGUUCCAGUCGGGGUGUCUGUGUGAGAGGCGAAUGCCACUGCUCCGUGGGAUGGGGAGGCACCAACUGUGAAACACCCAGGGCCACAUGCUUGGACCAAUGCUCAGGCCACGGAACCUUCCUCCCAGACACCGGACUUUGCACCUGUGACCCAAGCUGGACUGGACAUGACUGUUCCAUUGAGAUCUGUGCUGCGGACUGUGGUGGCCAUGGCGUCUGCGUAGGAGGCACCUGCCGCUGUGAGGACGGCUGGAUGGGGGCCGCGUGCGACCAACGGGCCUGCCACCCUCGUUGUGCGGAGCACGGGACCUGCCGGGAUGGCAAGUGUGAAUGCAGCCCCGGCUGGAACGGCGAGCACUGCACCAUCGAGGGCUGUCCUGGCUUGUGCAAUGGAAAUGGCAGAUGUACCCUGGACCUGAAUGGGUGGCACUGCGUCUGCCAGCUGGGCUGGAGAGGAGCUGGCUGCGACACAUCCAUGGAAACGGCCUGUGGAGACAGCAAAGACAACGAUGGAGAUGGUUUGGUGGACUGCAUGGACCCUGACUGCUGCCUCCAGCCCCUCUGUCAUGUCAACCCGCUGUGCCUCGGCUCCCCUGACCCUCUGGACAUCAUCCAAGAGACACAGGCCCCUGUUUCCCAGCAGAACCUUCACUCCUUCUACGACCGCAUCAAGUUCCUCGUGGGCAGGGACAGCACGCACGUCAUCCCUGGCGAGAACCCCUUUGAUGGAGGGCAUGCAUGUGUCAUCCGUGGACAAGUGAUGACAUCAGAUGGGACCCCGCUGGUUGGUGUGAACAUCAGUUUCAUCAAUAACCCACUCUUUGGGUACACAAUCAGCAGGCAGGAUGGCAGCUUUGACCUGGUCACGAACGGCGGCAUCUCCAUCAUCUUGAGAUUCGAACGGGCACCCUUCAUCACACAAGAGCAUACCCUGUGGCUACCCUGGGACCGCUUCUUUGUCAUGGAAACCAUCAUCAUGAGACAUGAGGAGAAUGAGAUUCCUAGCUGUGACCUGAGCAACUUUGCCCGCCCCAACCCUGUGGUGUCUCCAUCCCCGCUGACAUCCUUCGCUAGUUCCUGUGCUGAGAAAGGCCCCAUUGUCCCAGAAAUCCAGGCCCUGCAAGAGGAAAUCACCAUUGCUGGCUGCAAGAUGAGGCUGAGCUAUCUGAGCAGCCGCACCCCUGGCUACAAGUCUGUCCUGAGGAUCAGCCUCACACACCCCGCCAUCCCCUUCAACCUCAUGAAGGUCCACCUCAUGGUGGCGGUCGAGGGUCGCCUCUUCCGGAAGUGGUUUGCUGCAGCCCCUGACCUGUCCUACUACUUCAUCUGGGACAAGACGGAUGUCUACAACCAGAAGGUGUUUGGACUCUCGGAAGCCUUCGUUUCCGUGGGUUAUGAAUACGAAUCCUGCCCAGAUCUGAUCCUGUGGGAGAAAAGGACAGCAGUGUUGCAGGGCUAUGAAAUCGAUGCCUCCAAGCUGGGGGGCUGGAGCCUGGAUAAACACCAUGCCUUGAACAUCCAGAGUGGCAUCCUGCACAAAGGGAAUGGAGAGAACCAGUUCGUGUCUCAGCAGCCACCAGUCAUCGGCAGCAUCAUGGGCAAUGGGCGCAGGAGGAGCAUCUCCUGCCCCAGCUGCAAUGGUCUUGCUGAUGGCAACAAGCUCCUGGCCCCCGUGGCCCUCACCUGUGGCUCUGAUGGGAGUCUCUAUGUGGGAGACUUCAAUUACAUCCGCAGGAUCUUCCCCUCUGGAAAUGUUACCAACAUCCUGGAGAUGAGAAAUAAAGAUUUCAGACAUAGUCACAGCCCAGCACACAAAUACUACCUGGCCACAGAUCCCAUGAGCGGGGCCGUCUUCCUUUCUGACACCAACAGCCGGCGGGUCUUCAAGAUCAAGUCCACCACAGUGGUGAAGGACCUGGUCAAGAACUCUGAGGUGGUGGCAGGGACUGGUGACCAGUGCCUCCCCUUUGAUGAUACUCGCUGCGGAGAUGGUGGGAAAGCCACAGAAGCCACACUCACUAAUCCCAGGGGAAUUACCGUGGACAAGUUUGGGCUCAUUUACUUCGUGGAUGGCACAAUGAUCAGGCGCGUCGAUCAAAAUGGGAUCAUCUCCACCUUGCUGGGCUCCAAUGACCUCACCUCCGCCAGGCCCCUCAGCUGUGACUCUGUCAUGGAUAUUUCUCAGGUUCGCCUGGAGUGGCCCACAGACUUAGCCAUCAACCCAAUGGACAAUUCCCUCUAUGUCCUCGACAACAAUGUGGUCCUGCAAAUCUCCGAAAACCACCAGGUGCGCAUUGUCGCUGGGAGGCCUAUGCACUGCCAGGUUCCUGGCAUCGAUCACUUCCUGCUGAGCAAGGUGGCCAUCCACGCAACCCUGGAGUCAGCCACUGCUUUGGCUGUUUCACACAACGGAGUCCUGUAUAUCGCCGAGACAGAUGAGAAAAAGGUUAACCGCAUCAGGCAGGUCACUACAAGUGGUGAGAUCUCCCUGGUCGCUGGUGCCCCCAGUGGCUGUGACUGUAAAAACGAUGCCAACUGUGAUUGUUUCUCUGGAGAUGAUGGUUAUGCCAAGGAUGCAAAGCUGAAUACUCCAUCUUCUUUGGCUGUGUGUGCUGAUGGGGAGCUUUAUGUGGCCGACCUCGGAAACAUCCGAAUUCGGUUCAUCCGUAAAAACAAGCCUUUCCUCAACACCCAGAACAUGUAUGAGCUGUCCUCCCCUAUCGACCAGGAGCUGUACCUCUUUGACACCAGUGGCAAGCAUCUGUACACUCAGAGCCUGCCUACAGGAGACUACCUGUACAACUUUACUUACACGGGGGACGGCGACAUCACACACAUCACGGACAACAAUGGCAACAUGGUGAACGUCCGCCGAGACUCUACCGGGAUGCCCCUCUGGCUGGUCGUCCCAGAUGGCCAGGUGUACUGGGUAACCAUGGGCACCAACAGUGCCCUCAGAAGUGUGACCACACAAGGACACGAGCUGGCUAUGAUGACAUACCACGGCAACUCUGGCCUCCUGGCAACCAAAAGCAAUGAAAAUGGGUGGACAACGUUUUAUGAGUAUGACAGCUUUGGUCGCCUGACAAAUGUGACCUUUCCAACUGGCCAGGUGAGCAGUUUCCGAAGCGAUACAGACAGCUCAGUACACGUGCAGGUAGAGACCUCCAGCAAGGAUGAUGUCACCAUAACCACCAACCUGUCUGCCUCGGGUGCCUUCUACACUCUGUUGCAAGACCAAGUCCGGAACAGCUACUACAGGGGCGAUGGCUCCCUGCGCCUGCUGCUAGCCAACGGCAUGGAAGUGGCUCUGCAGACUGAGCCCCACCUGCUGGCCGGCACUGUCAACCCCACUGUGGGCAAGAGGAACGUCACACUACCCAUCGACAACGGCCUCAACCUGGUGGAAUGGCGCCAGCGCAAGGAGCAGGCCCGUGGUCAGGUCACAGUGUUCGGGCGCCGUCUGCGGGUUCACAACCGAAACCUCUUGUCUCUGGACUUUGACCGCGUAACACGCACAGAGAAGAUCUAUGAUGACCACCGAAAGUUCACCCUUCGGAUCCUGUAUGACCAGGCAGGGAGGCCUAGCCUCUGGUCACCUAGCAGCAGGCUGAAUGGUGUUAAUGUAACCUACUCCCCUGGGGGUCACAUUGCAGGAAUCCAAAGGGGCAUCAUGUCUGAGAGAAUGGAAUAUGAUCAGGCAGGGCGCAUCACAUCCCGGAUCUUUGCAGAUGGGAAGGUGUGGAGCUACACAUACUUAGAGAAGUCCAUGGUGCUUCACCUCCACAGCCAGAGGCAGUACAUCUUCGAGUUUGACAAGAAUGACCGCCUCUCUUCCGUGACCAUGCCCAAUGUAGCCAGGCAGACACUGGAAACCAUUCGCUCAGUGGGCUACUACAGAAACAUCUACCAACCCCCAGAAGGCAAUGCCUCCGUCAUACAGGACUUCACCGAGGAUGGGCACCUGUUGCACACCUUCUACUUGGGCACUGGCCGCAGGGUGAUUUACAAGUAUGGCAAGUUGUCAAAGCUGGCCGAGACUCUGUAUGACACCACCAAGGUGAGCUUCACCUAUGAUGAGACAGCAGGCAUGCUGAAGACCGUCAACCUUCAGAACGAGGGCUUUACCUGCACUAUCCGCUACCGUCAGAUUGGGCCCCUGAUUGACCGUCAGAUCUUCCGCUUCACCGAGGAAGGCAUGGUCAACGCCCGCUUUGACUACAACUAUGACAACAGUUUCCGUGUGACCAGCAUGCAGGCUGUGAUCAACGAGACCCCACUGCCCAUCGAUCUCUACCGCUACGAUGAUGUGUCAGGGAAGACAGAACAGUUUGGGAAGUUUGGUGUCAUCUACUAUGACAUCAACCAGAUCAUCACCACAGCCGUCAUGACCCACACCAAACAUUUUGAUGCUUAUGGCAGGAUGAAGGAAGUACAGUAUGAGAUUUUCCGGUCACUCAUGUACUGGAUGACUGUUCAGUAUGAUAACAUGGGACGGGUAGUGAAGAAGGAACUGAAGGUGGGGCCCUAUGCCAACACCACCCGCUACUCCUAUGAGUACGAUGCUGAUGGCCAGCUGCAGACAGUCUCCAUCAAUGACAAGCCGCUCUGGCGCUACAGCUAUGACCUCAACGGGAACCUACACCUGCUGAGCCCUGGGAACAGUGCACGGCUCACGCCACUACGGUACGACCUCCGUGACCGCAUCACUAGGCUGGGUGAUGUGCAGUACAAGAUGGACGAGGAUGGCUUCCUGAGGCAGCGGGGUGGGGAUGUCUUCGAGUACAAUUCAGCUGGCCUGCUCAUCAAAGCCUACAACCGGGCUAGCGGCUGGAGCGUCAGGUACCGCUAUGAUGGCCUGGGGCGGCGAGUAUCCAGCAAGAGCAGCCACAGUCACCAUCUACAGUUCUUCUAUGCAGACCUGACCAACCCCACCAAGGUCACCCACCUCUACAACCACUCCAGCUCUGAGAUCACGUCCCUCUACUAUGACCUGCAGGGACACCUCUUUGCCAUGGAGCUGAGCAGUGGCGAUGAGUUUUACAUAGCUUGUGACAACAUUGGGACCCCACUCGCUGUCUUCAGUGGAACUGGCCUGAUGAUUAAGCAGAUCCUGUACACAGCCUAUGGGGAGAUCUACAUGGACACAAACCCCAACUUCCAGAUCAUCAUCGGCUACCACGGUGGCCUCUAUGAUCCGCUCACCAAGCUUGUCCACAUGGGCCGACGGGAUUAUGAUGUGCUGGCUGGACGCUGGACGAGCCCAGACCAUGAACUCUGGAAACGCCUGAGUAGUAGCAGCAUCGUGCCUUUUCAUCUCUACAUGUUUAAGAACAACAACCCCAUCAGCAACUCUCAGGACAUCAAGUGCUUCAUGACAGAUGUCAACAGCUGGCUACUCACCUUUGGAUUCCAGCUACACAACGUGAUACCUGGCUAUCCCAAACCAGACACAGAUGCCAUGGAACCAUCCUAUGAGCUCGUGCACACACAGAUGAAAACUCAGGAAUGGGACAACAGCAAGUCUAUCCUCGGGGUACAAUGUGAAGUCCAGAAGCAACUCAAGGCCUUUGUUACCUUGGAACGCUUUGACCAGCUUUAUGGCUCCACCAUCACCAGCUGCCAGCAGGCCCCAGAGACAAAGAAGUUUGCCUCCAGUGGUUCCAUCUUUGGCAAGGGGGUCAAGUUUGCCUUGAAAGAUGGUCGAGUGACCACAGACAUCAUCAGUGUGGCCAAUGAGGAUGGGCGGAGGAUUGCGGCCAUCUUGAACAAUGCCCACUAUCUAGAGAACCUUCACUUCACCAUUGAUGGGAUAGAUACCCAUUACUUUGUGAAACCAGGACCUUCUGAAGGUGACCUGGCCAUCCUGGGCCUCAGUGGGGGGCGGCGAACCCUGGAGAACGGGGUCAACGUCACUGUGUCCCAGAUCAACACGAUGCUCAGUGGCAGGACUAGACGGUACACAGACAUCCAGCUGCAGUACAGGGCGCUGUGCCUGAACACCCGCUAUGGGACAACCGUGGAUGAAGAAAAGGCACGGGUGCUGGAGCUGGCCAGGCAGAGAGCUGUCCGCCAGGCUUGGGCCCGGGAGCAGCAAAGACUGCGGGAAGGGGAGGAAGGCCUCCGGGCCUGGACAGAGGGGGAGAGGCAGCAGGUGCUGAACACAGGGCGGGUGCAAGGCUACGACGGCUUCUUUGUGACCUCUGUUGAGCAGUACCCAGAACUGUCGGACAGCGCCAACAACAUCCACUUCAUGAGACAGAGCGAGAUGGGCCGAAGGUGACAGAGAGGGCCAAGGCCUGGACUUCUUGCCAAAGACAGCCACUCUUCUGUGUCCAUGUACCUGACUGUGUUGUACUUAACAAAAAAACAAAAACUUUUUUUUAACAAGUGCAGAAAACAAAACAGAAAGAUAUUGGUUGCAUUGUUAAUUUGUGCAACAUCCUUUUUUUUUUUUUUAAGAAAAACACUAAUUUGGCCUUCAUACUUUUUUUUUUUU